AUGACAAGCCAAAAUCCAAUCAACGUUGACUCCAUGGUUGGACAAUCCAAGUGUCCGAUCUGUUACAAGAUGAAGGAUUCCAUGUUUUCUUUCUUGUGCGGUCAUAUUGUGUGUGGAGACGUGUGUAAGGGGCUGUUGCCGACUGUUACGCAGCCGCUACGCUCAAGGAUCCGUGACCCGGUGAAAUGCCCGACUUGUACGAACGUACAGGGGAGAGCAACCCUGCGCCAGAUUUUCUUUCUGGUGUCGCCGCACACGUCGCAAGCUCCUCUGAAAGAGGCGGAGAGGCAGUUGAAGGAGGUUUUAGAAGACAAGGCGGAGAGAAGCAGGGUGAUAGAGGAGCUUGGCAAGGAAAUCAAGCAGAACUCCAAAAGCCUUGCCGAGAUCAACGCACACAUUGAUCAGCUGGCAAAGAUGCGUGGCAAGCUCACCGGGGAACAUAGGGAGACCACACCCUAA